UCCCGUCGUAUUUCAGAAAAUUCAUUCAUCUGCUUUUCUGACGUUUUCAUCGAGACAGACGUGGCCUGUAGUGUGGUAUUAAGACAAGCAAGGUUUUACAGUUAACUUGUUAAUAGUUAAUUGGCAUGGUUGUAGAUGCUGUUUCCGGUACACAUAACACGUACCUGCGAGCUAGCAGUUGACGAUGCAGGCAUCGCAUUGCACUUUUCAUUCAUUUUGGCUAGCUUUGUAGUGGCGGUUUACGCUCACCUGAGCAGGUUUUAGUCUGUACUUGCUUACGUUAGGUAAUGCUAGUGCUACUUGUCGUUCCCGCUCUUGUGUUAUACAGGCCAGUUACAGUGUGACUUUUAUCUGUUGAGUUGAGAUAUAACAGUGCCGUGUGUCAACCACAUAGCUGUUGUAACGUUAGCUAGCCUGUGAACAAGGUAGCGUUCUCUUCACUAACUAUUAUGGAUUAUGAACAUAAAGCGAUCGCAGUGGCUGACUGCUUACUGAGCUACAAGAGGGAUGAGUCCGGAUGGAAAGUCUGCAAGAAAUCGAAUGAUGUGGUUGUGUCUUGGCGGCCCUCGUCCGAGUUUCCUGGGAAUGUUUAUAAGGGGGAGGGGAUUGUCAUUGGCAGCCCAGAAAAAGUUUGGGAGUGUCUGAAACCAGUACCCAAUGGAAUGAGAGUCAAGUGGGACAACAAUGUCAAAAAGUUUGAGCUUUUGGAACAAAUCACAGAGGACAUCUCUAUCUGCAGAACAGUCACGCCUUCAGCAGCUAUGGGUAUCAUAGCUCCACGAGACUUUGUAGAUGUUAUUUUAGUUAAGAAAUACGAAGAUGGCACCAUUUCAUCAAAUGCCACCAACGUGAGUCAUCCAGGCUGUCCUCCCCAGUCGGGCUACGUGCGAGGGUUCAACCAUCCAUGUGGUUGCGUCUGUGUGCCCAUCCCAGGAGAGCCCAACAAAACCCAGGUGUUCAGUUUCUUCCAGACAGACCUGGGUGGCUUCCUCCCUCGCUCUGUGGUUGACUCGUUCUUCCCCUCCAGCAUGGCUGAGUUCUAUGGCAACUUGACCAAGGCUGUCAAAUCCCUCAAAGACCUUUGACACCAAGAGUUUAAAAGAGUUUCCUUCAGAGCUGAGGCCUGCUGACUGCUCAGGCCUUAGUUGUACCCCAAUCUUAUCAAACACCUGCUUUUUCUAAUUAGAUCUAAAUCCAUCAUUUACGUUUAACGACCAUUCCUAUAUUUCUGUGUGACUGCAGUAACACAGUAAACUGUUUGAGUCCAGUAAAUCUGGAUGUAAACAGUCAAGCCUACUUGUCAAGUCCUGCAAUAACAAUGUGGGCUUGCAUUUAACAACACCUGCAUCUUAAACGCUUUACAUCUCCAUUGGUGGGAUGAAUUGAUUGCCCCCAGUCUAAAUAAAGAAACAGUAUAAAUGUAAAAUUAGAAAAUUGUACAUGUGCUAUAUGUACAGAACGCUGAGAGACCAGAAGUUUUCCCUCUUCUUAUACUUGCAUACUUCAGUGUGUACACUAAACAUGCAUGUUGCAUGGACCUUAUGUACCCUUUGCUGGUAUCAGAGUACUGACUCGUACCUCAUAUUUAGUUGUUUUGUGUUGUAUUUGAAAUGUCAUAGUUUUGCGUCUCUGCGUAAACCUCUUUUAUCAGCACACUGAAGCAUAGGUUGGCCUUUUAAAAACAAAGGGCAGAUAAAGAAAAGAAUACUUUUUGGGUGGGACAUGAUUAGUGUUGCUCAAGUGAGCAGGAAACCUUUUUUUUCAUGGCAUACGUUUCUGAAUGACUUUUACCUUUCUUUUCUUCACAUACAGUCGCUGAAACUCGUCGUGCAGGUUUCAGAUUAGAACCAGACAAACUCAGCUUACUGGGCUAGCUUUUCUGACUACUUCAGCUGUCAAACGUGGUCACCAGCUGACAGAAAAGGGACAGUUCACCCAAAAUCAAAAAUACAUAUCUUUCGCCUUACCUGCAGGGCUAUUUAUCCAUCUAGAUUAUUUUGGUUUGAUCUGCAGAGUUCCAGAGACACCGGCUGUGGUGAUUUCUUCCUUCUCUUGAACAACUAGAUGGCACUUGAUUUAUGGUGCUCAAAAAACCAAGAAAGUACAUCUGAAAAACUCAAUAACAAUCAUGACCUGGUGACUCAAGUCUCAGUUUUAUGUAGAAAGUAUUUUUGUUCUACCAAACUAGACUCAAUCACUGCCCAAAAGGGAACCACUCAUGGACAAGAAGCCUGUGCUGUCGAUGGAUAAUUAGCAUUACAUAUAAGAGGAAAAAUGUGUAUUUUUGAUUUUAGGGUGAACUCUCUGUAAUCAUGGGCAUGUGACAUGUGACAUCUCAUGUAAAAUGGGCAAAUGCCAAUCACAUAUUUUAAGAUACACUAAGAUACAACUAUUGUGGUGAAAUAAGGUCACUGCAUGUGUAAAAUAACAUGAUCAGACGUCAAUUUGCAGUAGCUGAUACUGUAAGAAAAUACACUAACCCUUGUUAUGGACUUAACCAGCAAAUUAUGUGACACAUGCUGGUGGAGUUUCCUGGCAACAUCAGGUCAAGUUUCUUUUCUUCAACAUGCAGAGAGGCUGUCUGCUAUCCAUAUAUUGUGGUAGUGGUCAGCUCCGGUCUGUACAGUGUUUGUACAGUUUCUCUAAAGGCGGCCUGAACAUCUACACAAUGUAGUUAAUGAUAGUGGCUUGGGGGGGAAAAAUGGGGAAAUGCGUUUGUGGAUGUGUCCUUUAGGGUGGUCUUUAAUUCUUAGUUUAAACUUUAUGACAUGUGUAAUAACUGGACAUCCACACUGAUCUUUGGCUUUUUUUUGUUGUUGUUGUUUUUUUUAAAUCAGACAGGGUCUCUUGUGUAUCUGCACACUACGAUCAAUGCCUAGAGCACAUGAAAGAAAUCUGAAAUCACCUCUGUAUUUAAUACCUUAUAAAUAUGAAAGUUGAUAUCGUAUUAUAUUUGCAUUAAUGUUUAUAGAAAAUAGCCAACUGCCAGAAUCCUCUUCAGGUGUUUAUAAACAUACAUAAAUGUACUGUACUGAACUAGUCUUCACUUUGGUAAGGAAAUGACAGAAUGCCACAUUUUAUCAUUUGAAAGACAUUUUCUAAGCUGUUCCGAUCAUUCCAUCUUCAUUAAGGUUGAAGUGGACAGUUCCUGUGGCUUCUCUCGCUGAAUCAAUUGGAUCAAAGAUAUUGCUUGAACAUACACAGAACUUAAUAAAGAGAUCCUUUGGUAUGAAGUAAAGAAAUAAAGAUGAUUAUCUGAGGGAGGGAAGGCUGGAUGAAAGAUUUCAUUUGUGUAGUGAACCACUGGUGUACCCACUUGCUCCACAGCCUUCUUCUUCUUCUUCUUCUGUAUGAUAAGCCAUACAUGCUGGCAUGUUUUAACCAGUCUGUUUUAGAAGUAUCAGGAUUCUUUUAAAAUGUUUGGCACUUUACCUGUAACAUCUUUUUAUCUCACAGUGAAUUCAGUGAUUUUAAUGAAAUGACCUCUUUAUUGCAUUCCACCAUUUUCAAGUGAUAUCAGAUUGAGAUGUUGCUGCUUACAUAUGGAUAUAAAGGCAUGUUCAUGUGUGUUUUUUUUUUAAUGAAAGGAAUUAUCUCAAUGUUACGGAGCAACAGAGAGGCUGUAUGGAGAGAAAAUAAUAAAUCAGGGACACAUUUGUAUGUCAAGUGCAUGACUUGUGGGCACGACAGUUCAACAGACCCAUCUUCUGUCAGUGUUAAGUAAUGGGAGGUUCUGUGAGUGAACGGUUUGAGUCAUGCUUAGAGACUGUAUUAUGUCUAGCUCAGGUUGUAUUUGUGUUUGUCUUAAAGUUGUUGACUGUGAACUGAAGUUUACCCAGUAAAUACUUCAACCUCUUCAGCUUUCACAGCUCAUCCUGGAGUGUCUCUGACUGAGACAGUGUGGACACGUCUCAUUACUCAGUACUGAUUAGCAAAGGCGGUCUGUUGUGCUUACGUGACAUACACUAUAUAGACAAAAGUAUUGGGACACCUGACCAUUACACCAACGGAGACUUUGGUGAUUCUAAUGGCAUGGAUGCCAGUGUGGAGUUGGUCCCCCCCUUUGCAGCUGUGGCAGCUUCCACUCUUUUGGGAAGGCUUUCCAUGAGAAUUUGUAAUGUUUCUGUGGUGGAAUUUGCCCAUCAAUGCAGUGGAGUGUUUGUGGGGUCAGGCACCGGUGUUGGACAGGGCGGCCUGACUCACAAUCUCUGUUCAGAUUUGUCCUGGGUGGUGGGCCAGUCAAGUUCUUCCACACCAAACUCAUCCAACCAUGUCUUUAUGGACCUUACUUUGUGCACUGGGGCACAGUCAUGCCUGAGUCCACAAUGUUUUGGUAUGCUGAAGCAUUAAGAUUUCCCUUCACAGGAAGUAAGAGGUAUAUGAUAUUAGCCCAACACCUGAAUUCAAUAAUAAAGUGGGUCCCAAUAUUUUUGUCCAAGUAGUUUAUAUACUCAGUGUCCACUCCAGGGCUCUGUACAGUGCAUAUACAGGUAGCUGCUAAAGUGGAAGAAACACCCAUCUAUGUGAGGAAUAAAAAGUGAAUAAGUAAAGCAAUUACCAGUCACCUUACCAAACUCCUCUACUUCAUCAGGAUUAAAAGAUUUGUAUAGAUUGACCAGUGGUUUUUCAGGAUCAAUUGAUUAGAAAUCAAGGAGGUCGAUUUGGAACUGAUAAACAUUUGCAGUAACCAGUGAUGUGAAUAAGUACAGUUCAUUGAAGUACUACCACUUGUACUUCUAUUAUUAGCAUUUCCAUUUUCUGCUACUUUUGCUAUUACUCAUUAGUUUGCAGACUAAGACUAUUAAUACAAAGUAAAAUUACUUUUACUUCCUAUUACUAAGAAUUACUUAAAAUUUUAAAUUAAUCUCAUAACAGAUUCAGUCUAUCCUGUUCCAUUUUCCUUGCAUGCAUUUACACCUGCAAGUACUGCAGUUCUACCUGAUCCAGGUACCAAAUAUAACAUCAUAAUACUAGAUGGGUCCUUCUGCCACUUGUAGGAAUCUCCUGCUGGGAUGUUUUGAUGACUGCCACCCAGAACUUGUGACAUAUCUGCAGAAUCACCAGCAGCUUUUUGUUACAUUUCUACUAGUUUUAAACUAAACUCCAUCUUUUGAACCAGUCCAGGUCUCUCUUUAAUGUAAAUUUUACUUCAAAGUCCUCUGACCCACAGGAAUCACAACUCGUUAUCAUGGAAAAAAUACUGUCCAUGAAAAUUGACUUAUGUUGCAGCAUGUGAUCCUGCAUUGAUUUACUCAUCAUGUGUUCUCUGACCUCAGUGAACUUUGUCUAACAAGCAUCUCACUGUAUCCACAAUGACAAGUGGUCAAAGAGCAUGUGAACUAUGGCAGUACCAGUCCUAGUUAAACCCUGAAGUAUUACGCUUGUGACUGUGAUGACCGUUUUGACCACCAGUGAGACUAAAUAACCAGAGUUAAGUUUGUGUCCCGUGACUGAGACAAUCCAAAGUUUCCUUCUUGUGGUCCAAUAACCAGAUCAGCCAUUUCUUGUCACCUGUGUGGGAUUAGUUGCAGGUUUUCUGUCUUGGGUACUUUAAUGAGCGGUAGAGCACCGUCUGUGUAAAAUAAUACAUGUCAAAUGUUCAUAAUGUCCUCCUCUUACUGAGAUUUAGUGCUGCUGCUCUUAACAUUGAGUUUUACGUGUCUUGUCAGAACACUUGAAACCGUUUAUGUUGUACUGUUCUGCACCCAGUUAGUUUUGUAUUUCACCAGCAUUAAAAUGAUUAAUAAGAAAA